AUGUCCAACAAACCCCGGCUCACCACUGCACUGCCAUCAACACCUCCAUAUACACAUCCGCAUCCGCGGCAAAUCCGCUCGGCCUUCCUCUUCGGCACCCCAAUCGCCCACGCGCUCGGCCCAGCCGUCCACACCACCAUCUGGCAACAACUUGGUCUCCCCAACGAAGAAUGGCGCUUCGACCUGCUCGACUCAACCGACACAGCGGAAUGUCUGCGCUGGCUUCGCGACCGUGAGAGCGGCUGUGUGGGCUGCUCAAUCACUAUGCCCAACAAGGUGGCAAUGCUGGAGCUGGUGGAUGGGUUGACGGAGGAGGCGAGGGGGGUUGGGGCUCUUAAUACUGUUUUCUUCCGGGAUGAUGCUGAAAGCGGUGGAAACAAAGCAGUGGUCAAGCAGGGCGGUGGUGGUGGGAGGGAUGGAAGACGGCGGCUGAUCGGCGCCAACACGGACGCGCUGGGCAUACGCGAUGCUUUCUUGCGGGUGUGUCCGGGCUUGAAGCAGGGUCCUGUAGAUGCAGGACCGAGCUGUCAUUCUGCGCUGGUGCUCGGCGCCGGUGGGGCGGCGCGCGCAGCAGUGUACGCGCUGUGGAAGCUGUUGGGCGUGCAGACGAUCUACGUGGUCAAUCGGGAUCAAGAAGAGGCGCGGGCGAUGAUUGAGUCAAUGGUGGGCAACCGAAUCGGGGCGCAUUUGGUGUUCUUGGAUCAAGCUGAGCGUGUGGACGCUGCCUUCGCGACACCCGCAGGGAUCGAUUUGGUCGUUGGUACGGUUCCGGAUGUGGACGUGAUCAGUGCAGGGGAGAAGCGGGCUUGGGGUAUGGUGGAGGAGGUGCUGAGAAGUCGUAGCGGUGGCGACGGCAACAAGGGGACUCAGGCAAAUAUAAGAUUUGUACUGGACAUGGCAUAUGCCCCAUCGCCGCGGACAAGGCUCUUGCGGCUAGCGGAGGACCAUGGCUGGACAACUAUAUCGGGGGUGGACGUGCUGGCGGAUAUUUGUAUAGCGCAGAAUCGACUGUGGUGUCCGGAGCUAUGGCAACGGAAAGGGAAAGGGUCUGUUGAGGGUGUGGAGGAUGUUGUCAGGGUGAAGUUGAGUGAGGUUUUGGCGCAACGCAGCGGAUGA